UGUACAGCAGCAUAUAUUAGAAAAAUCCCAAGAUCCCAAAAUCAUACAAAAGAAAUACAUUCAAUUGGUCUGAGAUUUUCAGAGAGGGAGAUGAACUAUAUGAAGCAAAACCAAGUAGAAAAUCUUCUUGAAAGAAUUGAAACCAUUUUGGUCUUUAAAUCUUAGAAGCAGAAGGCCAUAAUUUUAUCAUCUUCUCAAUGUGGGCUUUUCGCUCUCCUCAAACCGCCAAACCACCUUCCUAUGCCUCUUUCUUACAUCGUUCCUCUGCAAAGCCACCAAUUUGCUUCAUAAACGUAAACCCCAGAUACACCUCCUCCUCAACCAAUAAUAACCAGCUAAUACAGUCUCUAUGUGAACAAGGUAACCUAAAACAAGCACUUAAGCUCCUUACAGUUGAGCCUGAACCAACCCAACACACUUAUGAGCUUCUGCUUCUUACUUGCACCCGUCAAAACUCUCUCAUUGAUGCUCAAUUUGUUCACCGCCACCUUCUUGAGAAUGGGUUUGAUCAAGAUCCGUUUUUGGCUACUAAACUCAUUAAUAUGUAUUCGUUUUUUGGCUCCAUUGAUAAUGUACGCAAAGUGUUUGAUAAAACUCGCAGGAGAACUAUCUAUGUUUAUAACGCUCACUUUCGUGCACUUACUUUGGCGGGUCAUGGAGAAGAGGUGUUGCGUUUGUAUCGUAGGAUAAAUUCUCUUGGUAUUCCCUCUGAUAGAUUUACAUAUACAUAUGUACUUAAAGCUUGUGUUGCAUCGGAUGCUAUGAUAUCACUACUAAAGCAGGGGAAGGAGAUUCAUGCCCAACUUUUGCGACGUGGGUAUGAGGCACAUGUUCAUAUUAUGACUACUUUGAUAGAUAUGUAUGCAAGAUUUGGUUGUGCAUCGUAUGCAAGUUCUGUUUUUAGUGAAAUGCCAGUGAAAAAUGUGGUUUCUUGGAGUGCUAUGAUUGCGUGUUAUGCAAAGAAUGGAAAACCUUUUGAGGCAUUGGAGCUUUUCAGAGAAAUGAUUCUUGAAACCAAAGAUUUGUGUCCAAAUUCUGUGACAAUGGUUAGUGUGCUUCAAGCUUGUGCUGCUCUUGCAGCUCUAGAGCAAGGGAGGCCGAUACAUGGGUAUAUUCUUAGGAGAGGACUUGAUAGUAUCUUGCCAGUUAUUAGUGCCCUUGUUACUAUGUAUGCAAGAUGUGGUAAGCUUGAAUUGGGGCAAAAGGUUUUUGAUCAGAUGGAUAAGAGAGAUGUUGUUUCCUGGAAUUCUUUGAUCUCGAGUUACGGGGUUCAUGGAUUUGGAAAGAAAGCAAUCCAAAUUUUUGAAGAAAUGACUGAUAAAGGUGUACUGCCGAGUCCUAUAUCAUUUGUUAGUGUAUUAGGAGCUUGCAGCCAUGCAGGCCUUGUUGAGGAGGGGAAGAGUUUGUUUGAGUCGAUGCAUAAGAAGUAUGGGAUAUACCCUAGUGUAGAGCAUUAUGCUUCUAUGGUGGACCUCCUUGGUCGUGCCAAUAGGUUAGAGGAGGCUGCUAAAGUUAUUCAGGAUAUGCGAAUUGAACCAGGGCCCAAGGUUUGGGGUUCUCUCCUUGGAUCAUGUAGAAUACAUUGUAAUGUUAAACUUGCAGAGAGGGCAAGCAUGAGGCUUUUUCAGCUUGAGCCUACAAAUGCUGGGAAUUAUGUGCUUCUUGCUGACGUUUAUGCAGAAGCUGGUAUCUGGGAUGGAGUAAAAAGAGUGAAGAAGCUGCUGGAAGCUCAAGGACUACAAAAAGUACCCGGUUGCAGUUGGAUUGAAGUUAAAAGAAAAAUAUACUCAUUUGUGUCUGUUGAUGAGUUCAAUCCACAGAUUGAGCAGCUCCACGCUUUUUUAGUUAAACUAUCAACAGAGAUGAAGGAGAAAGGCUACGUGCCACAAACUAAAGUUGUGCUCUAUGAUCUUGAUGCAGGGGAAAAGGAGCGAAUUGUACUAGGCCAUAGCGAAAAACUAGCUGUUGCAUUUGGGCUUAUCAAUACAAGGAAAGGGGAAACAAUCCGGAUCUCCAAAAACUUGAGGUUAUGUGAAGAUUGCCAUUCCUUUACAAAGUUCAUUUCCAAGUUCACCAAUAAAGAGAUUUUGGUAAGAGAUGUGAAUCGCUUUCACCAUUUCCAAGGUGGGGUUUGUUCUUGUGGGGAUUAUUGGUGAUUAUAUGCAAUAACCAGUUUGAUUUUUUUUUUUUUUUCCCUCAUAAUAAAUAAUUUUCAUAAGUUAUACCGAAAAAAAAAAAAAUUCCAUAAGAGCUUAGGUCACACAAAUAUAUGUAUAGUAGCAUACAUAUUUGUUUGAGAAAUUCUAAUGAAAACUCUUGAGGAACCUUUAUAUUUUUGUUAUUGCAUCAACUUUCAAAUACUUCUAUUA